AGCUUCCAAACGAAAAUGAAUCUAUUAAUCGCGGUUUACUACUCAGUUAACACAAAAACCAUGAGAGCAGUAACCGUGUUUUUGCUUUUUUUCGCAAAAGUGUACUCGCAAGAGUGCACCUUGGAUGUUUCGGACCCCGCAUCGCCCAUGAUCGUCACUCUCGACUUAAAAUUCCCCAGCUUCUCUAACGACCAAUCUUUCAGUUUUAAACACAACGACCUUUUUUACAUCAUGUGUCCUCGAGGUACCCAAAGCCCUUACAUUUCUAGUGAGACUGGCGACGAAGCAGCUUGCAGAGAAGGCACGGAAAUUCUUGUUAUCAGUACAGUAGCAGUUGCUGAUUUUGGUGCCAUCAAGUGUAGACCCAAUGCCGUUACCACAGUGACCACAUCGGAUGAACCAUGUGCAAACAACAACGGCGUGAUGUUUGAGGUCGGUUUUAACGUUUCCAAGUCCUUCCUUUCUUCGGUUAAGAUUUGUUUCGAUAAAAAUAAGCUGACGCCGAUUUACUGCACUAACAACCACGACAUCAGUCCUACUAGACGGGACGCAGACCCUAAUUACUAUCAAAUGUUCGUUUGUAAUGGGACGGACUGCGGAUGGGCUGAUGGUGGAAGCUUGUACGAUACCAUCAACGUAGAUGACGUGUACGAGAAUCAAGAAGAAAUUUUAAAAAAAUUGGGCAUCGACAAGGUUGAGUCUCAGCUGGUGAAAUUCCCUUUGACGACGGCGCUUUGGCAUCUCAAUGUGGCCAACAACGGACAGCAGAUACGGAAGGCCCCUUUUUACGAUUAUAUCAAUGUGGUACCGGCGUGGAAUACGGACACUUUUAAUAAACUGCUUCAGACGCUUGAUACGACGCUGGGCGAUAAUGAGUUUGUGGGUGAUGUCGUGCGUAUGGGUACCUUCGGAGUUGCUACGUUGCCCAACAGUGGAGGCGACGAGGUGGAACUGUUUUUGGGAGAAGGCAAAAUUCCAGUUCCUAAGUGGAUUUGGAUGAAUUAUGACAAAAAGGAACAAGUACUUUUCUACUACAACCAUCCUGACCCAGACCAAAGUGAAACUGCCAUCGCUGACAUGUGUUCUAAAUACAAUGACCUCAAUACGAGUGUCUUUACUUGUUUGUAUGAAUCAGUAGUUGAUCCAGACAUGAAAAAUUUAAUUGACAAUGAUUUUAAUAAUAAUUAAGCGUUUCGUAUAAUUUUGGCAUAAUAAAUACUUAAUUUGUA